GAACAAUUCCUCAAAAUGGCCGAUAUCUUCGAACGCGAUGAUCUCCUGGAGAUUUUCCACGGCAACAUCCUCUUUUUGGGCGAUUCCAUUAUGCGCAACAUCUACAAAGACCUAGUGUACCUGGUGUCCCCAGCCAGCGGCAACAAGUUGAUUGAACGCCAACAUCUAUGUCGCAAAGGUGAACGCGAAUUCUUUGGCGACAAGUUGUUUGAUAGUUCCGAACUGAAUGCGGGUCGAGGUUACCGUGAAGGCCGGGAUAUCUACUUGCCCUCCCAUGAUGUUCAAUUCACGUUUCAUUUCAUUACGCGUUGCUUUAGCCCUGAAUUACAGGGUUUGUUUCGCGAUUAUAAAAACACAUUUGGCUCUUAUACGGACCUGAUUGUCAUCAAUUCGGCCUUAUGGGACAUUAACCGUUGGGGUCCACGGGGGAUUGACAAGUUCAAAGACAAUUUGUUGGACUUAAUGGACUGUUUGCGGCACUAUUUGCCCUCUCGUUCGCAAGUCGUUUGGAUGACAACUCCGCCUAUUAGUGUGGAGAUUCGGGGCGGGUUUCUGAUUGAAGGUCUGGAGUUUCAGCAGAAGAGUAUGCGGUUCAAUGUGAUGGCAACCAAUGCGUAUGCGGCGACCAUGGCAGCGGCCUAUGGAUAUGAUGUUAUAGAUAUGCACCAAUUGUUUUUAAACCAAAUCCAUCGCCGUUCUUAUGAUGGGAUACAUUGGAAUCCGGACGGUGUCAGAAUGCAACUGAACAUUAUCGCUACCCAUUAUUGUCUUGCGCGGAACAUCCGAUUGCCUGUCAAUUGGAAAUUCUACUUUGAAAUGAUUCAAGGCACCAUCCGAAAUAAUGCUCUAGAACAAGCCGAAGAAAUCGUUCGUAAUAGUGAUAAAGAAAUAGACGAUUUGUUCCAUGGAACCUCGGCGAACUUGAAGGAAUCCUUGCAUCGCCGUUCCAACAGAAGUGACCAUUCCACUAGAAGCCGGAAAGUGGCUCAUGCUAGACGAAGAAAACGAUAAACCCUCCCUUCGUACGUAUUUAUCAAUGCCUACAUCUACUACAACCCAAUGCCAAGUCGCCUCAUCCCAAUAACAAUUUGAGAAUCUUCGCGCCCUGGUUUGAAUUUGAUAGCGUAAGAGUCGGAACUCGCACUCAUCUAAAAAAUCACGCACAUUCUUAGCUUUCCUUUUUUUCUGUCAGGUAAAUAAACUCAGGGUAGCGUU